AUGCCAUCGUCUAAUGAUACAGAAAAAUAUGUAUUAUUAAAUGCAAAAUGUAAAAACGAAAUAUUCAACACAAAUAAUGAUGAAUAUUCCAACGAAAUAUCUAACGAAUCUGAUAAAAAAAUUUCAUCUCAUAACCAAUGUUAUAUUAUUCAAGAAAUACCUUUUGUAGAUUAUUAUAAUUAUAAAUAUGAAAAAUUAAAUAAAUGUGAUAAACAAAAUGAAUCUUAUUAUAUAAAUGAUGAUAAUAGCUCAUCAUCAUGUUCAUCAAAUAAUUGCCAAGAAAAUGAUAGUGAUAAGAAAAUAUAUCAAGAAAUGAAAUAUAAUAAAAGCUUUAAUAUGUAUGAUAAGGAAAAUGCUGAAAAUAAAGUCGACGAAAAUGUUAAUAUAGAUAUAAAAAAAUGUGGAUAUAAAAAAAUUAUAAAAGCAAAAAAUAAAAAUGAAUUUUUAAAACAGUGUGAAUUUAAUAAAGAUGGAAGUUGUUAUUAUACCAUUUCUAAUAGUAAUAAUUUAAAUAUGUUUGCUACCGAUUUAUGCUUAUUAAAUUUUUUACAGAAUAAUGAAGAAAAUGAAUAUAUUAAAAAUUUAGAUAUAUUAUAUGAUAUAUAUAACAAUAUGGAUGAAAUGGAAUUAUCAAAAAGAAAUAAUAGUUGGCUACAUAUGAAAUUUGAUGAACAUUUAUAUGAUUGUAAAUUUUAUCCUUAUUUUGAAUGGAAUGAUUCGAAUACUUGUUUUUUUUCAGCUUGUUCAAAAAAUAAACCAGUUUCUUUAUAUAGCGCUUUUGAUGGUUCCGAGUUAAUGUCUUUUAAGCCAGUCAAUGAAUGCAACGAAUUAUGUAACUGUUAUUCCUUAUGUUUUCAUCCAGAAAAAAAUUGGUUAUUAUGUGGUACAAACAAAUCUAUAAAAGUAUUUGAUUUUAAUAAACCUUCUGAAACCUUAGAAAAUAGAAUUUUGAGUACAAGAAAGGGUAAAGGACAAAAAGGUAUUAUAUCGACUAUGGAAUAUAAAAAUGAAGGAUAUGGUAAAAAUUCUAUAUAUGCAGUUGGAGAUUAUAAUGAUUGCUUAUAUGUAUAUGCAGAUAAUUGUGAUCAUAAAAAUGAUUAUAUUUUAAAAAUUGAGAAUAAAAAAAAUUCAAAUGGAAUAACAUGUGUUAAAUGGUAUCAAGAAUUUUUCAUUUUAAGUGGAAGUAGAAAUUCUUCUUAUAUAUAUUUAUAUGAUAUAAGAAAUAUUAAAGAGUAUGUACAAAAGUAUGAAAGAUAUGCUUUUACAAACCAACAAUAUUUAUUUGAUAUAUAUAAAGAUUAUCUUUUAUGUGGUGAUACAUUUGGAUAUAUAUACAUGUAUAAUAUAACAAAUAAUAGACUAAUAAACAAAUAUUUUCUUAAUAGAUAUUCUCCAAUUAUAUCAAUAAACAAACACCCUAUUUAUCCACUUCUCUUAACAGGCUCUGGAACUAGAAGGUUUUAUGAAAAUAAUGAUUAUCCUAUUGAUAUAAUAACAAAUAUUAUUAAUAGUAAGAACACAAAUAUGACAAAUAUAAGCAAUAUGCCAAAUGAGGAAAAACAAGAAAAUAAUAAAAAAUUUAAAUGCUUAUCUAAAUAUAUAAAUAGUGUGUGUACUAUUCUGAUGGAUUUUCCAAAAUGA